AAAAAAGGAGAGCAUUGUGUUGUCUGUUCCUCUCAUCUUUCCCUCUUGUAAAGCCCUAAUCUUCCCCUGGAUUGAACUUUCUUCUGGGUUGGCUGGCCUCUGCAACAUUUUCUACCAAUAAAGGUAGCAAGUAUACCCAAAGGGUUUCAUGGCAGGUAAUGGCCUGCAAUCUCUAGGUCGUGUGAAGCUAACUGAUCUGGCACCUGCUGAAGGCCUUCCAUCAGAUUCUUACAAACAAUCUGUUUCGACUUUGUCACAAUCACUAGCACUCUAUUCUGCUGCCAUCAUUCAGUUUCCAGUGAGUGAUGGGGCUCUUUUGAUGUCGGGUUUAGAUUCGGCUCGCCUCUACUUCCACCAGAAAGCAUCAUCCCCAGCUGCAGAUAUGGUUAAUAACAAUGACCCUCGUGACUGUUGCAAGACUUCCGGUUAUAACGCAGAUCCUCAAUUGUGGCUAGAAACGUAUGAUUACAGACCUGGACUCCCUCCUUUAGAGCCCAACAACACAAUGGAAUUUCCUCCAGCAGCUUUACCAGAUAUAUUUUCACUGCUUGCAAAGGCAGCUCGAGAUAUAUUGGACGCUAUCAGCUUCUAUUUGAACUUGAGGAGCUCACCAUUUACUGAAGCUGAUAAUGUUCCCGUAUGAAACUGGUAAAUAUCUUCUUCAGUAUUAUCUGUCUGUUGUCAUGCAAGGCCAUCAUUUCAGGGGACACGACACCAUAGUUUUACGACCCAAGAGGAUGGCCAGUUGGUUAUGUUUUCUGACCAUGAGCAUCAAGUUGACAAAAGCUUGAUAUAUCUUGCCAAGUCAAACAAGGCUGGUCUACACAUAAAGGACUUUCAGGGUGGUCGGUUUCUUGUGGACGAAGAUCUUGGUCCUCAAGAAGCUAUUGUUUACCCUGGACUUGCACUCUAUCAGGCAACUGCAGGAUAUGUUAACCCUGCACUGCAGAGAACGGAGACCGCUAAUACACAGAGCAACUUGUUUGGGCGAUGUUCUUUUGCUUUUAAAUUCAUUCCUAAAUCCAUGACCAGUCUUAGUUGUUCAGAGAUGAGAGCUGCUGGUCAUGGGGUUGAAGCUCAGUUCCAGCUUCCAGUAGCGGUUGAUGACUUUAUGCAGAGAUCUCAACCCACCAAUCAACUCUUUAACAGACAGUUUCCAAAGUUCCAAUUUCCAUGCAGCACAAGAUGGAUCUAUGAAGCCUUUCUUGAGGAGGAGAAAGAGUGAAAGAACCAAACCUUUGCCACCUUCCAAGAGAUUGUGGGUCGAGGCCCAGAGAGUCCUGAAGGAAAGGGUUCAAGACAUUGCAGACAAGAAGGGAAUCAAGCUGAGGUUCUGCAACCUGAAGGAGUGUGAGAAUCACAUUCAGACACUUGAUAGCCCCUGUGCCAAUAUAAGAAUGGAAAUUGGAUGGCCACACGGGGUGCCAUUUGUUCAUCCCCAUGAUCUCCCCAAUAAGGCAAAUAUCAGUUUCCUUGAAGCCUAUGAACCUGGUUGGACAGCUACUCAUGAUAUGGAGUUAAGUCUAACCGAACCUGGACAGGCUGGCCAGUCAGCCCUCGGUUAAUUGUAAUUGUAAGUCCCAAUUUAGCAAUCAAGUAAAAAAGUUCGUAUGGGUAGCCAACCGAGAGACACCGCUCACUGAUUCAUCAGGUCUACUCACUGUCACCAUCCCUGGAAUUCUUGUCCUUGUUGAUACUAACAGGACAAGCGUUUGGUCCUCGAACACACCAACAUCUGCGUCAAAUCCAGCAGCGCAGCUUUCGGAUUCAGAAAUCUUGUUGUGACAGAUUGUAAUGAUCGUACCGACCCUGAGAAUUUUACGUGGCAGAGUUUUGAUUACCCUGGUGACACAUUCCUACUGGGUACAAAACUCGGUAGGAACACAUUUACUUGCUUUGCUUGUGAAAUAUAGUUCUUGAUGCAUUGCUUUGCACUGGUUACGUUACAUGUCCCCGGAAUAUGUCUUCGAUGAGUUCUACUAGAUAAAAUCUGAUCUUUAGCUUUGGUGUUAUGGUGCUCGAGAUAGUGAAUGGGAAGAGAAACAAAGGAUUUUCUCAUCCAGGCCAUAGCCUCAACCUGCUAGGACAUGUAAGUGCCAGCUGUCAAGUUGAUAAUUUUUCGUCGAAUUAUGCUAGGGGGACUAUAUUCUGACUGCAUUAGCUAAUGAUAUAAAGUGUGUGACGGUGACUUCUCUAGUAACAUCUGGUGACGAUAACUCAUUUGUAAAAUGGAUUCGAUUCCGCUUAAAAUAUAAAAUGUGGUUCGUCUAGCAUUAUUGUUUAUAUUUACUCGAUUCUUUAUACUUCUAUUUAUUCAGUACGAUUGGUGGUUGUGAUCUUUUAGGCAUGGAAUUAACACAAAAUAGGCAAGUCCAUUGAACUACUCAAUACAUCAGUAGGAGACUUUAGUAAUCCACAUGACUUUUUGCGGUCGAUCCAUGUGCGUUUUAUGCAUGCUGCGAAAUCCGGCUGUAGUUCUGAUGUUGAGUGGUGAAAGUGCAUUGUCUCAACCUCAAAAACCUGGUUUUUACAGUGAAAGGGAUCUAGAGGACCUCAAAGUCGAUCCUUGUGCAAACAAGGCUAGAGCAUUUUCAGCUAAUGAAGUCACUUUUGCAGUACUCGAGUUUGAAGAUUGGUAGGGCAUUUUCAGCUAUGAAGUCACUUUUACAGUACUCGAGUUUGAAGUUUGAAUUAGAGAGAUUAAAUAGUUAUCAUUUAUAGAUUUCAAUUGGAUUAGAUUAUACAUUUGAACUAUUGUGAUUCAGAUUCAAUAGCUUUACUGUACGUUCUUAUGUUUA